UGAAAGUUGUGAAAGAUAGAGACACGACAACUUUCAGUCAUAUGGUGGCUCUCCAAUUUUUACGGGCCUUCUCUUCAGACUCUCGUUCUACGCCGGGUAUUAUUGCUCUUGCCCGUCUUGGUCAUCGCAUCGACCCUGCACUCUUUGAGAACUCUCUCGAGCUUUGGCAAGAGAUCGCUCUUCAUCUCGAUCUCACAGACGUCCUCGCCCUCGGGAUGGUUUCAGAACUGUGCCGUCAAGCAGCCUCGAUGGUACUCCAUUAUCCUCACGUCAGCGCUCAUUGCCUUGUCGGCUGUUGCCCUUCUGCUACCUCGAAUGGUAUAUUAACGGAUCACGCCCGUGGUGUUCUUAUUGCCAAUGCCGCUUGGACGGCGUGGCGUGUCCUUGUCCUACUCCUCAGUUGGCGAGUGAUCAAAUGCUAAAAUUGGUCUGUGGAUUAUGAGUGGCCAGGGCUGCGCCGGAGUAUGUGGGCCGCCCACCAUUUGAAGUUGAGCAGGUGCUUGCGGCUGUCGGUUUCCCUUCCACCCCACCCAACGACACUCUAUGCUCACCCCCAGAACGCGCCGCUGUUGAUAACCCAUGUUCCUGCCCACACAUGAAUGGCGUGCACAAGGCAAGACUGCCUCCACUGGCAUAAAGUCUGACGGAUGGUCAGAUUAGUACUAGUAGCUGCUAUUUGUUGACUGGAUCUUAGACUGCCUAAUAUGAUUAUGAUUCACCCAAAAGUCUAUCGUGUUUCCAUCACAGAAAGAGACUGAUA